UCUUCACGUUACAUUUCCUACACAUUUUAUUUGUAUCUCAAUGGUUGGAGUAGAAAAAGAAGUUAACCCUUGGGCAAGUUAGUUGGUGAACCAACUUCUUGGAAAAUUGGCGGAAAGAGAAGCUUGACUUUACUCUUUCUCCAACAUGUCACAAUAUAAACGUGCCCCCUAAGCUUGCCAUUCUCAUUCUUGUAUAAAACAAACCUUUCUGCACUAGUUCUCUUCAAACUUCACAGAUAAAAGAUACACUUCCAGUAGUUGCACUGCAUGCAGCUAGCCGGUUAAGACUUAUUCUAUGGAAGGAGAGGGAAGCGUACAUGUACAUGUUGAUGAACUACAAAGGGUCAAGCUCAGUGAAACUGGAAGCAUAGGCACCACCAUGUUUGAGCCUGGUGGCCUAAGCAGCAUUGACAAGUUAGACAGUAGCACUGUCAAUUCUGUGUCUCCAACAACCUCAGCAAUUGGAGCACCAGAAAAGAAGCUCACCCUCUUUGCUCUCCAACUUGCAGUGCUUGAAAAAGCAGCAACCGGGUUAGGAACACUUGGUUUCAUUUGGGCAACUGUUGUCCUUCUGGGCGGUUUCGCCAUCACCUUAGAGAAAACCGAUUUCUGGUUCAUCACCAUCAUACUUGUAGUUGAAGGUACUAGGAUUUUCAGCAGGAGCCAUGAGCUUGAAUGGCAGCACCAAGCCACAUGGUCUAUCACUGAUGCUGGAACUGGAAAUGGUAUCAAUAGUUUGUCCAGUUCAAACUCUCUCCUUGAAAGCAUAAAGAGCCUUUUCAGGCCCAUUGUUGCAGUUAAGAGCACAAAAGGGUCUAACGAGGUAGUUGUAACCCUUCAGCACAGAGAUAGCCAAAGGACACCAACUAGGAUGUGGAUUAGUUCAGAUGUUCCACUCCUACCAUAUGCUAAGUGGUUUUUCCUUUCAAGGCAUUUCAGUAGGCUACUCUAUUGGCUUCAGCUUUUUUCUGCAACAUCUUGUGUGGUUCUCUCGUUGAUAAAGCUCAUCAAGCAUGAUUAUGGACUGGUGGCAAAGGGAGACACUGACAAGAGGAACCGCCAAUCUGCUCUCUCAAUCUUCUACGCCUUGGCUCUUGCAGAAGCUUUGUUGUUCCUGAUGGAAAAGGCUUAUUGGGAAUGGCAAGUCAGCUACUGCAAACUGUUGGAAGAGGUUAACAACGAGUGUGAGUUGGGGCCACCAGGAAUGGUGUCAACUAGGAGGUUCUUUUAUGAUGCCUAUUCAAGAUGUGUCAAUGGAAGCAUAUUUGAUGGCCUGAAAAUGGAUAUGGUUAGUUUUUCUGUGGAUCUCUUGGCUUCAAACUCCUCUGAUGAGCAGCUCAUUGGAGCAAGAAUUCUGAGGCAGUUUUCAAUCAGUGAGCGAUUUUCUGAUGAUACCCUUCAAAAGAUUGGAAUUGACAUACCCGUGGUAGAGAGACUAGUGGAGAUGUUGAAUUGGACAGACCCCAAAGAGGAAGAGAUUAGGCUUUCAGCUGCGGAGAUUUUAUCAAAACUAGCUGGCAAGAAGCAGAACUCACUCCGCAUAACCGGGAUACCGGGAGCUAUGGAAUCAAUAUCAUCUCUUCUGCAAACUAACAGGAAUAUAAUUCCUGCAGCUGAUGAAAUUGGGGAAAAGAAACUAGUAUUGGAUCAUCCUAAUUAUGGGUUCUGGACAUUUAACCACAUGGGACUCCUCAUACUGAAAAAGCUUGCACGUGACCUAGACAACUGCGGAAAGAUUGGAAACACAAGAGGCCUCCUCCCAAAAAUCAUAGAUUUCACACAUGCUGAAGAAUGGUGGCUGAAGAGUGAAAAUGAUACCCCAUCCCAAGUUCUGACAGUGAAGAGAUCUCUGCAACUGGUGAAGAUGCUGGCUAGCACAACAGGAACCACAGGGAAACACCUUCGGGAAGAGAUUUCAGAGAUAGUUUUCACCAUCAGCAAUAUUAGAGAUAUUUUAAGGCAUGGAGAGAAGCAUCCACUUCUACAGAAACUGGGCAUAGAAAUUUUAACCAGUCUGGCAUUGGAAGAGGAUGCAAAGGAAAGAAUUGGGGGAACAGGUGGAGUACUUAAGGAAUUGUUUAACAUUUUUUUCGGACACGACAAACCAGAAAAUCAGAAACAUGUAACAAUUGUUGCUGGUGAGGCCCUAGCAAUGCUAGCAUUAGAAAGCAAGAAUAACUGUCAUCGAAUUUUGAAGAUGAAAGUACUGGAAAGGCUUGUAGAAGCAUUGAAAGAUCCUUUGCUUCGCAUCAAUGCAGCUAGAAUUCUUAGAAAUUUAUGCACCUACAGUAUAUCAGAAUGGUUCAACCAGUUAAGGAGGGUAACAGCUGCAGCACCCAUAGUAAGUAUACUUCAGGCAAUCAUGUUAGAAGAAAACAAGACACAGGAAGUGAUGAUUGGACUAGCAGCAAAUGUUUUGAAAUAUAUGACUUCUCAUGAAUCUAGCAUUGUAUUUGAAGAAGCUAAAAUCACAGAGGCAGAACUAGCAAAUAAAUUAAUUCAGAUUCUCAAGAAACACCAGUAUCCCCCGACCAAGGUUCCUAGGAUAAGGAGGUUCGUAAUAGAGCUGGUUAUAUGGAUGAUGGAAGACAAAACAGACAAUAUAGAUACCUUCAAAUGUCUGGGAAUGGAGGAGGUGUUGGAGGGUGUCUUAGAGACCACAUCAGAGGUUGAAAGCUUUAAUGUUUUCUCUGGCACUGUUGGACUGAACAGGCACAAUCUAACAACUCAGUCACUGAUUGAGACGGCAUUGGAAUUGAUGGCAAAUAGGUAAACUAUUAACCAUAGUAGUACUAUAAUACAAAAUCAGUUAUCCAUGUUGGCUUAGAGCAACCACUGUGAUAUUGCAAGUGUGUGUGGUUAAACUGAGCUGCAGUAGAUUUUCCAAAAACGCCGGCAUGUUUGCUGGUACUGGAAAGCUAGAA